CAGGAGUGGAAGGCUGCUGAAGAAGAGAAAAAACAGAAAAAAGCUAACAAAGAUAAGGAAACAGCAAAAAUAGCAACUUCCCCUAAUGUAAAUGUUUCACGAACUGCUUGUGCCAGAGGUACAGCUCCACAAUCAAGAGGUGCGGCGAAAACCAUUCCCAACGCUAAAAAAACUAUUGCAGCAACAGCCAGAGGGGUCAACAAUAAAGCUGUUUCUACUAAUGUAGCAAGGGGGCGUGGUACAACUGGAUUGUCAACAAGCAAAAACAUAAUGACUUUGAAACCAAAAGCUCCAAGUACUCCCGUAAAAGCUGCAGAACCACAGUUAUCAUCAAUACAAAAUCCUACAGAAUCAGAAACCUCCUGUGCACCAGUUCAAGGGGGCGUGGUACAACUGGAUUGUCAACAAGCAAAAACAUAAUGACUUUGAAACCAAAAGCUCCAAGUACUCCCGUAAAAGCUGCAGAACCACAGUUAUCAUCAAUACAAAAUCCUACAGAAUCAGAAACCUCCUGUGCACCAGUUCAAGACUUUACUUCCAUACCUGUGUCGCUAAAUCAGUGUUCUUAUUUGCAUCGCUUGGGCUUAGCACGUGCACUUUCUCGUACCAAAGAGACAGCAGCAGAAGCAUCAUCUUUGUAUCAAGAAGUAAUAAAAAUGGCACCAGAGGUGCAUGAUGCUUACAUUGAACUGGCAGAUCUACUCUUAAACACAGACCCACUUGCUGCUGUUGACAUUUACUGUCAGUAUCCACAAAACUCAGCCAAAGAACAAUCAUUUGAGGAUGCCUUCAUCCCUGGAGAGAUAGUGCGUCUUCUGAUAAAAUGUGAAAAAUAUGAUGACCCUCGUUUACCUAUCAAUAUGAUUUCAUAUGGAAAAGUCAUGGGAAUAGGUUGUCUAGAAAAAUAUAUCACUAUCCUAGAAGAAAAAUUCAAAACAAGCAUCCUCAAGAGCGUUUAUGCAGGAAUCCACAGCAAGUCAGUAGAUGAUGAAGACCUCCAGAAUUUCUUUCGUUUUAAGUGUUGGAUUUAA